AUGAGGAAUAUAUUUCAUGAAGAGCCUGAGGUGAAAGCAACUAGCAAUAUUGCCGGAAUGCUAACUGACGUUUGGCAGAAAAAACGAGUCACUGUAAUUGUCCCAAUUCUGAAUGUCGCACUCUGCAUAUGUGUAGCCAUGUCUAUCAUGCUUUUUAUAGAGAGGCUUUACAUGACGUGUGUGAUCUUGGGCAUAAAGUUUCUGGGGAAGAAAAGAUACACCAAGUACAGGUUGGACGCUUUAAAGGAUGAGGUAGAAAAGAAGAAGAAAGAAUAUCCCAAGGUGUUGGUCCAAAUACCUAUGUACAAUGAAAGAGAGGUUUACAAGCUGUCAAUUGGAGCUGUCUGUUCACUUUCAUGGCCAUCACAAUGCCUCGUUGUUCAAGUUCUGGAUGACUCGACCAAUAAAUCAAUUAGGGAUAUGGUGCAGGCUGAGUGUAAAAAGUGGAGUUGCAAAGGGGUCAACGUGAUGUAUGAAAACAGGGACAACAGAAAUGGGUACAAAGCUGGAGCUCUGCGUGAAGGGUUACAGAAGGAGUAUGUCCAAGACUGUAAAUUUGUUGCGAUAUUUGAUGCAGAUUUCCAGCCAGAUGAUAAAUUUCUUUGGAAAACCAUUCCCUAUCUUCUUGAAAACCCAGAACUUGGUUUGGUUCAGGCCAAAUGGAAAUUUGUAAAUGCGGAUGAGUGCCUGAUGACCCGGCUCCAAGAAAUGUCACUAGACUAUCAUUUCAAUGUGGAGCAAGAAGUAGGGUCUUCAACAUGUCAAUUCUUUGGAUUCAAUGGUACUGCUGGUGUUUGGCGGAUCGAAGCAAUAAAUGAUGCAGGUGGGUGGAAAGAUCGAACCACUGUUGAGGACAUGGACCUCGCAGUAAGGGCCAGCCUAAGGGGUUGGAAGUUUAUCUUUGUUGGCGACCUGCCAGUCAAGAAUGAACUCCCGAGCACUUUCAAAACUUAUCGAUUCCAGCAACACCGCUGGUCAUGUGGCCCGGCCAAUCUUUUUAAGAAAAUGACCAAGGAAAUCAUAUUUUGUGAGAGGGUAUCAGUUUGGAAGAAGAUCCAUGUUGUUUAUGCAUUUUUCUUCGUGAGAAAAAUCAUUGCACACUGGGUCACAUUCUUAUUUUACUGUGUGGUCAUUCCCGCAUGUGCUGUUGUUCCUGAGGUCUAUCUCCCCAAAUUAGUAGCGAUAUACGUUCCAGCAAUCACUACACUGCUGAACUCUGGAGGCACCAGAAGAUCCUUGCAUUUGCUAGUCUUCUGGAUCUUGUUUGAGAACGUCAUGUCUCUUCAUCGAUCUAAGGCAGCACUUAUCGGACUGCUAGAAGCUAAUAGAGUCAAUGAAUGGGUGGUGACUGAGAAGCUUGGUAACGCAACAAGGCAACGGUCAUCCAAUGUUAGAUCACCAAAGAAACGACAAUGCCUAGGAGAGAGGAUACAUAUCGGAGAGAUAUACGUGGGAUUAUACCUGCUGACUUGUGCCAUCUUCAACAUGCGCCUUCGCAAUGAUCACUUCUUCGUGUACCUGUACAUGCAAUCUGCAGCGUUCUUCAUAGUUGGAUUUGGAUAUGUUGGUAUAACAACAAACUAAUGUACUCAACUAGAGUGGGUUUAAAUUGCAGUUUUGAACUUAAGGUGAUAAGUCAUAGCCAUAGUACCAGACUAAUGUGCUCGCAUUAUAUCUUUUAU